UAAAAGCAAGGACCAGAAGGUACGAAAGUCAACUGGCUCUCUGAGCUCAUUGCUCUUUCGUGUGGAAACUGGAAACCGUUCUGAACUGAUUUACAUCUGUUGGCGUUUUGCGUCUGGACUAUUAUCCACUUUAAUGAAUGAUGUCGAACCCCACCUUCGGCUGAAGUCUGCAUGGAAGGAUAACAUUGCAAAAAAAUAACAAUUUACUUUUGUUAUGAAUAGUUUUUGACAGCAUCAAUACAUCAAAACACUAAAUCAAGCCCCUCCGGCUGUGUUUCACCGUGGCCACUCAACAUGUUGACGGGGAAAGCUGGGAUUGUUAUGAGUAUAAUUGUCAGAGCGUGGGUUUGAGUUGUGAUUAGUGCCCACUAUUUGACGCACUCCGUAUAGGCUCAUGUUGUCUUGAAGGCAGCACAUUAUUAUUUUCCCGAGCGUAUGAUUGAGUUGAUUAAGGAAAUCAAAAACUGCUCAGUGGACCUUGAUCAGAAACAAAGCGUAGAGUUGACGGAUGUGACGUUUUAUUGACGUUGCUGUUGUAUCAAGUGAGGCGUUGCCACUUUGACCGAAUUUGGAAACGGCCAUUGACUGCUGCCACCUCCCACUAGUUUGUUAACUUUCAAUCAACUGGAAACCUAACGCAUGAGUUAGGACUUUCAAUUGAAGUUCGUCAACUUUGUGUGACCGGUCUUUAAUAGUAUGGACAUCCCUGUUCGCGGGACCAUGGCGAAUAUAUUCAAUUUGAGUGGCCUCUUUGGGGAAGCUGAAGCGAAAGUGACGACCACAUCAAAUCAAGACCAGAGUGUUGCAGUAGCUUCCAAUAAUGGUAAUGUACAUGCCGACACUUCCACUGCCCUGAACCAUAGACGUGAAAGCCUGAACACACCGGAUGUUUUGGUCACAGAAGUGGACGGAGACGAGGAUGAAAAUAGUACCAUUAUGGCUGCCGGUGAGAACACUCUAAAUAAAAGGACUUCAACAACGUGGGACCACGAAUCAUGGAGCAGUUAUGCCCUUCACGAAAACUUGUCUCAAUUGAUGACCAAUGAAGAUGGGGAAUCGUCAUGUGGAGACUCGACAAACUCAGAUCUUGUCAUUGGGUCAUCUACUGACGAUUCGUACCCGAAACUUCUUGGACGUAGCUUCAUGAGACUUUUUAGCAGCGACACUCUCUUUGGAGAAGAUAGUGGAGUUAGGGCGGGGGUCUCUACACGCAGGUCAAAAUCGUUGGACAUGCUGCUAGAUGAAAAGGUUUACGAGGAGUUAAACAUCACGCCAGAACCUGAGGUAAAAAGAAUGGAGGGGAGCUGUACAAAACCGAGCUUGAAACCUGAGUUUGUAAAACUCUACACCAAGUUAUUGAGGACGUAUCUUCAUCCUCUUGGCCGAAUGAAUGCAGUGGACAUUAACCCCCUUCAUCUGGUCACCCAGUUACAGAAGGUUUUUAAUGUCCCUAAAGAUGUCCAUGUAGAAAUGAUGAAAGAGGAACUGUGCAAUAAGUCUCCUUCAUGUAUGCUGAAGAUCACUGUGAUAGAGGCUAAGGGAAUUCUUAGUAUGGAUGCAAAUGGUAUGAGCGACCCCUACUGUCUCCUGACUGUUUGCAAAGCAGCCAAGUCCCCCUCCCAAGACAGACAGCCCCUGGCUCACUGGAACUCCCUCCCUGAUGACCCCUCCACCACACCUACCCUUCCCCUCUCUGAUCGCACCCCACGACGCCACUCUGACCAGAGGCGAAGUUUUAGGAAAGUUAGUCGGAAGAGAUCAGAGGACAUUCAGUCCAACCGCAAAUCAGAUACUCUCUCUGUAUUGUCCGUGGGUAAAGUACACAAGCGUAAAAACUCUGCGGAUAUGAGUGUCGCUGCUUCGCCCAAGAGCCCCCAGCAUAGUGUGUCUGUAGAGGCGGAGUCCGUCUUCAAGACAAGAUGUCAGAAAGCGACACUUCAUCCGGUCUGGAAUGAAACAUUUGACAUUCCGUUAUCCUCGGUCCAUGGUACAGAGUUGAGACUCACCAUGUGGGAUAUGGAUGAGGAGACUAAUCUGUGGCAAGCCUGUAAAAGUCUCGACUCCGAUCACAAAAUGGCUGGUUUUAAAAGUCUCUUCCGUCACAUCAAACAUGGCAUCAACAAAAACACAGACGACUUCCUUGGUCAAGUCAUCAUCUCACUGGACGACAUCCCAGCUGCAAAGCGAAUCGAUAACUGGUACACAUUAAUUGUCAACCCAAAAGGUUCUGGGCCAAGCACAGGUGGAAAAUGCCACUUGAGGAUGCAGUUUGUUUCUGAAGAGGAUGUUUCAAAGAAGGACAAUUCAACAAGUCUGAAUUAUUAUCAUCAGUUAGCUUCAGCUGUCUACAGACAUGAAGGCCAAACAUACAUCACGGAUGGGAAGGGUCCAUGGGACGCCAAGCUGACUGAAAUGAGCCGACACUUGUUAAACCGCUUUGCCAUCCAGAGUGGUAUCUCUAAGCUAUCACAGACACUUAUCAACCUCUCCUCACUGUUGGAGUUCCACCAGCAUCAGAAUUCCUCGUCUUUCCACGUGGGUCGUCUGUCCCUCCAUAAGCUCUCCCUGACGGACACUAUGGGGAAAGAUGAAGUGGACUCGGCAUCAGUAAGCAGCCUUCCUGAAUCUACAGAGAAUAUCCCUAAGGUUGGGGAAGAGAAGGGUGAAAAAGACAUCAAUAAGAAACCUGCAGAGGAAAAGGUGAAGGAGGAAGCUGAUGCUGCAUUGAUGGAUCGAGCUUUAAGGGAGGCCAUGUUCCACAUCCAUGCAGAAAUGAUCAAUGAAACUACAUUCUCUAUUUACACCAACGAUGUCAAGGAAGUCACAGAAAUCUUUGAGGAGAACCCACUCUUUCUGUCCUAUGAGCUAGGGGCAGCUGAGUCUUCUAUAUCGGCGUACAUUGAUUUCUGCAUGCAACCCAUCAGUGACUGCCCAGCACUCUUUCCUCCAUCCAACGUUCAGGUCCUGGAUAUCCUGAAAUCAAAAUGCAGAUUAAGCAAUGUGUCAAGUCUUCUACAAAUGAAAGUUUGGAAGGAUCGUAACUCUCUACCCCAUCGGCAAGUUCGUGAACUCAUGGAAGAUACCAUCGCAUCAGAUACCAGGAGAUGGCUCAGUAACAUGUUGGAUAGCUUACCCCAACCAGAGGGAUCACUGAAACCAGCAGAUUUAGUGAGACUGCUAGAAAGACUUGGUGAUGUCAUGGGUGACAUGAUGGCCCUACUUAGACCAACCAAGGACUACCAGAACAUGUUCAAGAGAUACACAGUGGACUAUAACAUGAUAGUAGCCCAACAGAUGGAUGCCCAGAUAUGCAGCAGUCUUCAGGAUGUCCUGACGCAGCUGAAUCAGUAUCAGGUCCGUUACCAGAAGUUCCCAGAGAACAUCGCGGAGUCCAGCAAAGCAAGCCUCAAACUCUACAUGACUGUCAAGAAGAUGCACUCUGUCCUGAAGGCAAAUAAUCACACCUGUGAGGGACUAAACAUCAAUAAUUACCACACAUGGUUUCAAGAGGCGCUCAUCUUUUGGCUUGUCACCUUUAAGUACGAGACAUUUGACCGUGUCCGAAGGGCACUGGCCAUGGACAAGGAUGUGGUGUUGGUCCACAGCGUAGUGAAGUACUCAAACUCGGCCGUCGAUGCUCAGUCCUGCUUUGCCAAGGUGACUGAGGAAUGGCACAAGAUUGGAUUUGAAGGAGUUGACAGUCGCUGUAUGGCUGUAACCAAAAUCACAGAUCUUAUCUGUGAGGGUGCUAAACUUUACGCGAGCUCAAUUCACAAGAUUCUGGAAAAGAAUGGUUUCUAUCGCAGCAACAGCGGACAUUUUGACAUCAAAGAAAAGUUGUGCAUUACGCUAAACAACAUCGAGCACGUCCGGGCUUAUCUAGACAACCUCCCAACUCUCUUAGACUGGGAGGAGACGGUCAACAGCCUCGCUGCCCUCCACGAUAACCCCACGGCGGGCAAGCUGACUCUCAGCACCCUGCAGAGGAUGACCAAUACGGCCAGUAGGGAUACUAUUAAUAUGUCUGGCCUGUUGGAGCGGCGCAUUGCCGAUAAAAUGAGCCAGGAGGUCAUGACUGACCUGGGGAAGGUGGUCAACUGUAAAGGAGAUGCUGCUGCUAAAGAUGAGCAACUUGACAACUUCUUCUCGUACAUCGACCAAAAUCUUGAGACGCUUUACAAGCAGCUGAUGGCUCAGAUCUUUCCUCGAAUCGUUGAGGAGGUCUGGAACUCGCUCCUUAGAGGAAUCGUUGCUGUCAUGCAUGUAGGAAAGCAACCUCAGUACUACAAAGACUUGCUGGAGAGCUUGGAAGCAAUAGAGAGCUAUUUCAAGCGACCUGGUCUGGCAUUAGACUCCUCCAAGAUCCAAGGCCAACAGUACAAGUACCUGAUUAGUCAGCUGGAGCUGAACUCAUUAGGUACUCAAGAUCUGUUGCUUAGAUACUAUAAGGACCUUGCUUUGGACAUGGCCACACCCUUGGAGUACUUCGGCCAUCUUGGCGUUAGGCUGGCCUGCAAGGAAGAGGUGAAUGGAGAGAAGACGUUUGUUGUAAAAGUGUGCAAUGCAGUUGACCUACCUGGUCUGGAUAGACAUGGCAGUAGUGACCCCUUUGUGAUAGUAGAGGUGUUACCUGUCGAUUCAGACGUCUGUAAGACCCUCCCUCAGCAGACCAAGCCAAUCCAGAGUAAUCUCAAUCCUGUGUUUGAUGAGACAUUCGAAAUCCCAUCCGUUCCUACAGAGCUAAUUGACUCUGGAGCUGUGAUGAGUUUUACAGUCAUGGACUAUGAUGUCCUAUGGAGUAAUGACUUCAUAGGGGAAGCCUAUGUCCCAUUACAACAGGCACGACCUAUUAGCAUGAUGCAAUCAGUCGACCAAUGCCCUGUCAUCAUGGUGGCUGUAAAGCGCCCUCACACUGUAGAUGGAGGCGCAUUUGAGAUUUUGAAAAAUCGUAGUAAGUGGGACAAAAAUGCCCGUCAAUUCUAUACGAAACGUCAGAAGGCGAUCGAGCACCAGAAGCCACGGACAGACAAGAAGACCAACAGAGCGCCGGUUGCCAACUCUCGCCUUGCCCCCUUCUUCAGGCAAUCUUUUCGAGCUCUCCGUAGUUACAUACCAACAUCUUUGAAGAAUGAACCCCCAGAUGAGGGGCCUAAAUAGAUGGCGUGACAAGCUCAGAGAUACUUUCAAAAGUGCCCUCUUGUGGGCAGUGGUAGGCAUAAUUAAACAUGCAUCAAUUUAAAGUGUCCGUUGUUAAAGGUGUCAAUGAAUAUUCUUGUGUUAGCUUUGUAUAUAUGAAGAGUAAAAGGUGUAUCAUAAACCAUGUUUGGAGAUUUGACAUUUUAAAUGGUGUACGAUCUUUUGAGGUUUGUGAAUACUAUUUGGUUUUAGAGAGAUGUAUAGGUUGGUUUGAUGUGGUUGAGUUGUGGUAAGAUAUUCAACAUCACUUAAAGAUAUAAAGACAACUAUAACAUUCCUAGACAAACUAUCAAGUAAAAAUACACUUCAAAUAAGUAUAAAGAUAUUUUUUAAAGUUAUAUAUAUGUGUACAUUUUAAGUCAAAAUCAAUACAUGUUGUGCAAAGAAUUUCUUUGGUCUUUGAUCCAGAAUACAAAAUACUAUGCUCAAGUCAUCACUACAAGUGUAGUAUUUCCCAGAGACAAUGUUAUUGCUUUUUCCUCAAUAAUAUUACAACAAAAGAUUACAGAUUUACAAUAGUAAAGUGAAUAUUUGAAGACUUUGAGACAGUAAUAAGUUAUUGUUUACCUCUAGAAAUGAAGAAAAGCAAUAAUAAUCUGGUUUCUUGUAAAAAAUCUGAAUAUUUGUCAAUUGAGAAAAUAAAAAUUGAAUGCCUCCAAAGUCCUCAUAAGGUAUCAAGUGUGCCAAUCAAAAUAAGCCAAAGGUGCACAUUCAAAACAUUGACACAAUAGUUUAAUGAUUUAUAAAAUUGUACAGGUUAAAGUUGUGUUGAUGGAAACUAGUCUAGGAUGGGAUGGCAUUAUUUGUUUACAUAAAAACAUUGUGUACUUUUCCCUGACGCCAUUGUAUUUUUUCAAAUUAUCAUUAAAGUUAUUAAAAACUAUUUGCGUACGUUACUAUUUUUGUAGUGAUAUAUGAGCAAUGUAUAUCAAGUUUGAGAUUCAUAUAUAUCAUUCUAAUUUCUUAGAAAUUUAUAGAAUUGCCUCAAUUAUGAAUGAAUUAUUAGAUAAUUAUUUGACCAUGUACAAUGUUGCAACUCUCUUUUAUACAGGUUUUGUAAGUGUAAACUUUCAUAUUAGGCCUAUAUUGACUUUUCUAUGUAAAUAUUUUGAUAUUAUUUAGUAAAUAUUUAUUUUAAGGAUUUUUUACCUAUAGUUAAAGUUCAUGAGUGUAAAAAAUGUUGACACUAUUUUCUGCAAUCUGCAAAUAGAAAAAUAAACCAAAGUGCCCUAUCUGCAACUGAAACUGACAAAA